CGGUUGUUAUCAAUUGAGUUUAGCUUAAAAUAUAUGUAAUUGGUUUCGGAUAAUCUUCUUCGUGUACACGAUGGGCAGGAAUUUAUACGUGUUUGUAUUUUUGCAAUGUUUUGUUGGUAUUUGCUGCGUGCAUGGAGUUUGCUGGGGCUGGGUCGGGGGCCAUUUCGGGGGCUGGUACUGGGGACCUGGGACAACAUGGUCGGAAUGCUCGUGCGGAGACUCAGGAUGUCAUCGAUCAAGAACGAGACAAUUUUGCUGUGAGGUGAACUUGGCAGGAAGAGAGAUGUCAUUGCAUAGACCGUUAUUAUGGGCCGUACUGCCAAUAUCGUGUUAACAAAUGCGAUGCAGUUCCAGCCGAUGUUAUUUUCGUUCUCGAUUCUUCGUUAAGCCAGACAGAGGAGCAAUUCAACAAACAACUGGACUUUGUAGCGAGAUUCAUAGAUGCAAGCAAUGUCAGUGUCACAGAAUUUCAAUUUGCAGUUGUGAUAUUUUCGACAAAUGCCGUCACGGAAGUUGGCUUCGACAAUUCCUUGAGUAAACAGGAUCUCACAACAAAGGCUAAGAAUAUUCGAUUCCGACCGGGCUCUACGUUCACCAACAAAGGUCUCGAAAUGGCCCGUUCAUUGCUCUCAACAAGGGGAAACCGCUUACACAGUCUCACAAUUGUGAAAUUUGUAUUUGUGCUAACAGACGGAAUGUCGACAAACAUGACAACGACUAAAGAGGCAGCUUUUAGACUGCAAGGGGAUGCAACUGUUGUCGCAAUAGGUGUUGGUCGUGAUGUUUCGCAUGCAGAACUAAAGUCUAUUGCGUCUCCUCCCGAUCCCGACGCAAACAGUUUGUCCUACGUGUACUCAGUAGCGAACUUUGACGCUAUCAAUGGGCUGAUAGAUCGACUUAUAGACGCGACAUGUGAAAAAUGUAGAGUGAGCCAUAUGACAGACAUAUUUGUUGUCAUUGAUGACUUAUCUGAAUCAGCGAUGAAUCAACAGGAGUUUGGUAGGGCUCUGAAUGGACUGACGUACAUCGCACAAUAUUUACCUGCCUAUCGGCAAGUGAACGGGCAAAAAGUUAACAUAACAACAAUUGGUGACUUGGGAUAUAGACAUACUUCAAUUCCUAAUGCCACUGAUCUCGACUCGUUGUUGAUGUCUAUUCAAAGCAUUCGUCAGCAGCAAUCAUUCUGCUAUAUAAAUGAGUGCGAAAAGGCAUUGGCGUUAAAUAUCUCAUCGGGUAUGAUUCAAAUAAUAAACAUCACGGGCCGAAAUAACGAUCAGCGUAAUAAUUCGCGAAAAAUAAUCGUUGUUUUUUCGUCUGGCAGAUUCACGGACAAGUCGCUGGUCAGGCUUGAACUACAGGACGCACUGAAUGAGUCGAAUAUCGACAUAUUUGCUAUCGGUCCUGGAUACGACACUGAUAUGGAAGGAUUGCAUGCUCUGGUCAAAGAACCUUUCAAUGUGUUUAGUCUUAUUGAUUACAACUUGGAAACAUUAGAUGUUUUAAAGUCAAAACUGUCGUAUAUUGUAUGUUCGUAGUGUAAUAGGGACGGUCUUCGUAAAAUACCUAUAUCAAUUUCCACUGAUGUACAACUCACACGUAUGAUUAUACUGACUCAGAUUGUAAUACAUAGAUCUAUGUA